CCUCCCCGUUUCCAACAUGGCGGCUCCCACGGGCUCAAGCCGCACGUGAGAUAGUCCAAGUACGUGGGAGUGCAAGUGGGUGAACCAGUUUUCCUUCUCUACAGCCGGUAGCAUCCCUUCGACCCUUCCCGAGAUCCUCGCGGGCCGCUGCCCCUCUGCAGCCAUGAAGCCAAAGCCGGUUUCCCACAAGACCGAGAACACGUACCGGUUUCUUACAUUUGCUGAGCGACUGGGGAAUGUGAAUAUCGACAUUAUUCACCGGAUUGAUAGAACUGCAAGCUAUGACGAGGAAGUUGAAACCUACUUUUUUGAGGGUCUGCUGAAGUGGAGAGAAUUGAACCUGACGGAACACUUUGGGAAAUUUUACAAAGAAGUUAUUGACAAAUGCCAGUCAUUCAAUCAGCUGGUGUAUCAUCAAAAUGAGAUAGUUCAGAGUUUGAAGACUCACCUGCAAAUCAAGAACAGUUAUGCCUAUCAACCCCUUUUGGAUUUGGUUGUACAGUUGGCCCGAGAUCUGCAGACAGACUUCUAUCCCCAUUUUCAGGAUUUUUUUCUGACCAUCACCUCAAUCCUGGAGACUCAGGACACAGAGUUGUUAGAAUGGGCUUUCACCUCUCUGUCAUAUCUGUACAAGUAUCUUUGGAGACUGAUGGUGAAGGAUAUGUCCAAUAUAUACAGCAUGUAUAGUACACUUCUGGCUCAUAAAAAGCUACAUAUAAGAAAUUUUGCUGCUGAAAGCUUUACUUUUUUGAUGAGAAAGGUUUCUGAUAAAAAUGCACUUUUCAAUUUAAUGUUUCUUGAUCUUGAUGAACAUCCAGAAAAGGUAGAAGGCGUUGGACAGUUGCUCUUUGAAAUGUGCAAAGGAGUUAGAAAUAUGUUUCACUCUUGUACAGAGAAGGCAAUAAAGCUAAUUUUGCAAAAGCUUGGACCAGUUACAGAAACAGAAGCUCAACUUCCAUGGAUUUUAGUUGGAGAAACACUCAAAAACAUGGUCAAAUCCACUGCACUCUAUAUCUCCAAAGAACAUUUUGGAAUAUUCUUUGAAUGUUUGCAAGAAUCACUCCUGGAUCUACAUACAAAAGUAACCAAAACUAACUGUGGUGAAAGUUCUGAACAGGUUAAAAGGUUGUUAGAAACAUACCUGAUACUUGUAAAACAUGGAAAUGGAUCAAAGAUAACCAAACCUGUUGAUGUGUGUAAAGUCUUGUCUCAAACAUUACAAACAGCCCAUCUCUCUACAUCUUGCCGGGAGACACUCUUGGGUGUAGUUUCUGCUUUGAUCCUAGGCGAAAAUGUUUCCUUGCCAGAGACCCUCAUCAGAGAAACCAUAGAAAAAAUUUUUGAAAGCAACUUUGAAAGACGCUUAAUUUUGGAUUUUUCAGAAGUCAUGUUUGCUAUGAAGCAGUUUGAGCAGCUUUUCCUACCCAGCUUUCUCUUGUAUAUUGAGAAUUGCUUCCUGACGAAUGAUGCUGCAGUCAGAGAUGAAGCUCUGGCUGUUUUGGCCAAGCUCAUUCUUAACAAAGCAGCACCUCCCACCGCUGGCUCCAUGGCGAUUGAAAAGUACCCUCUGCUUUUCUCCCAGCACACAGUGGGAUCCUAUAUAAGGCAGAAGAUGACGAAAUCCAAGGGAGGAAAGGAACAGAUCUCGGUGUUGGAGCAUCUUUUAUCUAUAAUUCAGACACCUCCAAAUCAAGAUACUACUUACCUUUCAUGUUCUUGGGCAGCCCUUGUCGUGUUACCUCAUGUUAGGCCCCUGGAGAAAGAGAAGGUGAUACCACUAGUCACCUACUUCAUCGAGUCACUCUUCAUGACUGUUGACAGAGGGAGCUUUGGAAAAGGAAACUUAUUUGUUCUUUGUCAAGCUGUAAAUACUCUGCUAAGUUUGGAAGAAUCUUCCGAACUUCUUCGUUUGGUUCCUGUGGAACGUGUGAAGAACUUAGUAUUAACGUUUCCUUUGGAGCCGUCUGUGUUGCUGUUGGCUGAUCUCUAUUACCAGAGAUUAUCCUUAUGUGGCUGCAGGGGGCCACUUUCAGAGGGGGCUUUAAUGGAAUUAUUCCCCAAGUUACAAGCAAACAUUUCAACUGGUAUAGCCAAGAUUCGACUUUUGACAAUAAGGAUCCUAAACCACUUUGAGGUUCAGCUUCCGGAAUUAAUGGAGGAGGAUGGACUUUCGGAGCGUCAGUCUGUGUUUGCUAUCCUGCGCCAGGCAGAACUCGUGCCAGCUACUGUGAACGACUACAGAGAGAAGCUUCUUCAUUUGAGGAAACUCAGGCAUGAUGUAGUGCAGUCUGCAGUCCCUGAUGGGCCAUUGCAGGAGGUGCCACUUCGUUAUUUAUUAGGCAUGUUGUAUGUAAACUUCAGUGCUCUCUGGGAUCCUGUUAUUGAACUCAUAAGUAUUUAUAGUUACCUUAAAGACAAGCAGAAUGACACAAGAGAUGAGGAGAAGUCUAUUGGAGAUGCAAAUUGGGAGCAGACUCAGGAAGGAAAUGUUGGAGCUCUUUAUCACAAGCAGUUGACAUUGAAAACUGACCUUCAGGAAAGACUGGACCACACCAAUUUUCGUUUUUUGCUCUGGCGCGCUCUGGCGAAGUUCCCGGAAAGGGUGGAGCCACGGUCCAGGGAACUUUCCCCUCUUUUCUUGAGAUUUAUCGACAAUGAGUAUUACCCAGCAGAUCUGCAGGUUGCACCAACCCAGGAUCUGCGAAGAAAAGGCAGAGGGCUGGGGGUGGAGGAAGCAGAAGAGGAAACUGCCGCCAGAGAUGACGAAGAGUUGGAGGAAGAGCUGGGGCCCCAGGAGGAACCCUCACAGAAGAAAAAGACAAGAAGAGCUGCGGCAAAGCAGUUAAUUGCUCAUUUGCAAGUUUUCUCUAAGUUUUCAAAUCCACGAGCCUUAUAUCUGGAAUCCAAAUUAUAUGAGCUGUAUCUUCAGUUGUUGCUACAUCAGGAUCAGAUGGUACAAAAAAUAACACUGGAUUGCAUAAUGACAUAUAAACAUCCACAUAUUCUCCCUUACAGGGAAAACCUACAAAGACUGCUUGAAGACAGAAACUUUAAGGAAGAGAUAGUACAUUUUAGCAUUUCUGAAGAUAAUACAGUGGUGAAAGCAGCCCACCGAGUAGAACUGUUUCCUAUUCUGAUGAGAAUUUUGUAUGGUCGAGUGAAGAAUAAGACUGGAAGUAAAACUCAGGGGAAAUCUGCUUCUGGUACCCGCAUGUCCAUCGUCCUGAGGUUCCUGGCUGGGAGCCGGCCAGAAGAGAUGGAGAUAUUCUUAGACCUGCUCUUCGAGCCCGUGAAGCGCUUCAGGAACGGAGAGUGCCAUUCCGCCGUCAUUCAAGCAGUAGAAGAUUUAGAUUUGUCUAAAGUUCUUCCUUUGGGUCGUCAGCACGGCAUAUUAAAUAGCCUUGAGAUAGUCUUGAAGAACAUCAGUCACCUGAUCAGCGCAUAUUUACCCAAGAUUCUGCAGCUGCUGCUCUGCAUGACUGCAACGGUGUCACACAUCCUUGACCAGCGAGCAGAGAUACAGCCGAGGUUUAUUAACCCACUGAAAAAUUUAAGACGUCUUGGAAUCAAAAUGGUAACUGAUAUCUUUUUGGAUUGGGAGUCCUAUCAGUUCAGAACAGAAGAAAUUGAUGCAGUGUUUCAUGGUGUAGUUUGGCCCCAGAUCAGCAGGCUCGGAUCUGAAAGUCAAUAUUCUCCUACUCCUCUACUGAAACUAAUUAGUAUCUGGUGCAGAAAUGCAAGAUAUUUCUGUUUCCUGGCUAAACAGAAACCUGGGCACCCAGAAUGUGAUAUCCUGACCAAUGUUUUUGCGAUUCUCUCAGCAAAGAACCUCUCUGAAGCCACAGCUAGUCUUGUGAUGGAAAUAGCUGACGACCUUCUUAGCCUUCCAGAUUUUGAACCCUCAGAAGCAGUUUUGAGCUUGCCGGUGACAGGAUGUGUAUACACAGAAAGUGCAGAUGAGUCUAUCACAAUAGGAGGACGAUUAAUUCUACCUCAUGUACCUGCUAUUCUCCAGUAUCUCAGCAAAACCACAAUAAGUGCAGAAAAGUUGAAAAAGAAGAAGAAUAGAGCACAAGUCAGUAAGGAACUUGGCAUUCUUUCAAAGAUCAGCAAGUUUGUGAAAGAGAAAGAGCAGAGUUCUCUGCUCAUUACCCUGCUCCUGCCCUUCCUCUGCCGCGGCGGUGUUGCUCAGGAUACAGAAAUCGAUAUUCUGGUGACAAUACAAAACCUGCUGAAACACUGUCUGGAGCCUACAGGCUUCCUCAAGCCUCUAGCAAAACUCUUCUCAGUCAUUAAGAACAAGAUGUCAAGACAGUUGCUUUGUACAGUUUUCCAGACCCUUUCUGAUUUUAAGAGUGGAUUAACAUAUAUUACUGAUGUUGUCAAGCUUAGCGCCUUUGAUCAAAGACACCUUGAUGAUAUCAACUUUGAUGUUCGCUUCUCGGCGUUCCAGACAAUUACCUCUUACAUUAAAGAGAUGCAAACUGUGGACAUUAACUACCUAAUUCCAGUUAUGCAUAAUUGUUUCUAUAACAUGGAGUUAGGAGACAUGUCUUUAAGUGAUAAUGCAAGCAUGUGCUUGAUGAAUAUCAUCAAAAAGCUUGCUGCUUUGAAUGUCACAGAGAAAGAAUAUAGAGAAAUCAUUCAUCGUUCUCUCCUAGAGAAACUGAGGAAAGGAUUGAAGAGCCAGACAGAGAGUAUUCAACAGGAUUAUACCACACUGCUUUCCUGUUUAAUUCAAACCUUUCCAAAUCAACCAGAAUUUAAAGACUUGGUUCAGCUUACUGAUUGCCAUGAUCCAGAAAUGGACUUCUUUGAGAAUAUGAAGCACAUUCAGAUCCACAGAAGAGCAAGAGCCUUGAAGAAACUGGCAAAACAACUAGUGGAAGGCAGAGUCGUGCUGUCUUCUAAGUCUCUGCAGAAUUACAUCAUGCCUUAUGCUAUGGCACCAGUUUUUGAUGAGAAAAUGCUCAAGCAUGAAAAUAUAACCAUUGCUGCCACAGAAGUUAUUGGAGCUGUUUGCAAACAUCUCUCUUGGUCAGCAUAUGUAUACUACUUGAAACAUUUCAUUCAUGUCUUACAGGCAGGACAGAUCAAUCAAAAGUUGGGUGUCAGUUUGCUAGUGAUAGUGUUAGAAGCAUUUCACUUUGACCACAAAACUCUUGAAGAACAAAUGAGAAAACUUCAGAAUGAAGAGGACAUCACAGCAGUGACUGAGUCGCCAGAGCACGGAGCCCUGGAACUGGAGCCCAUGGAUGAGGACGAGGAGGGCGAAUGUGAUAAGACUUUGUCGGGCAGGAACAAAGAGCCAGAAAACCGUGACCCAGCUGAUUAUGAAGGGGCGGCAGCUGAGGAAUCUGACUGUAUCACAAAGUCCAUCUCCUUCCUUCCUCAGAAUAAGGAAGAAUUGGAGAGAACAAUUAAAAAUAUCCAAGGAACCAUAACGGGGGACAUCCUGCCCAGGCUUCACAAAUGCCUGGCAUCUACGACUAAAAGAGACGAAGAACACAAAGUCAUAAAAUCAAAGGUUGUGAAUGAUGAGGAAGUAGUUCGAGUUCCUUUAGCUUUUGCCAUGGUUAAACUAAUGCAGUCCCUUCCAAGAGAAGUUAUGGAAACUAAUCUGCCAAGUAUUUUGCUGAAAGUGUGUGCCCUCCUCAAGAACAGAGCACAGGAAAUCAGAGACAUUGCACGCAGCACCCUCGCAAAAAUAAUAGAGGAUCUGGGUGUGCAUUAUCUACAAUAUAUUUUAAAAGAAUUACAGACUACACUUGUGCGUGGCUAUCAGGUCCAUGUGCUGACUUUCACUGUCUAUAUGUUGCUGCAAGGCCUCACCAACAAGCUACAAGUCGGGAGUUUGGACUCUUGUUUGAAUAUAAUGAUUGAGGUUUUUAACCACGAGUUGUUUGGUGCUGUUGCUGAAGAGAAGGAAGUAAAGCAGAUCCUCUCCAAAGUCAUGGAGGCACGAAGAAGCAAGAGUUAUGAUUCUUAUGAAAUCUUGGGCAAGUUUGUAGGAAAAGAUCAGGUUACCAAACUUAUCCUUCCACUAAAAGAGAUCUUGCAAAAUACCACAAGCUUGAAACUGGCCCGGAAAGUUCACGAAACCUUACGCCGAAUCAUAGCAGGAUUACUUGUAAACCAGGAAAUGACAGCAGAAUCCAUUCUGUUGCUUAGUUAUGGUUUGGUCAGCGAAAAUCUCCCCCUGUUAACACAGAAAGAAAAAAAUCCAGCAACCCCCGCACCAGAUCCACGCCUGCCACCCCAGAGCUGUCUUCUGCUCCCCCCAGCUCCAGUUCGAGGCGGACAGAAAGCUGUCGUGAGCAAGAAAACCAACAUGCACAUAUUUGUUGAGUCUGGGCUUCGGCUGUUGCACCUUAGUCUGAAGACCUCCAAGAUCAAGUCUUCAGGUGAAAAUGUCAUGGAGAUGUUGGACCCCUUUGUGUCUCUCCUCGUAGACUGCCUGGGUUCCAUGGACGUUAAGGUGAUCACAGGUGCUUUGCAAUGCCUGAUCUGGAUCUUGAGGUUCCCCCUGCCAUCUAUAGGCACAAAAGCAGAACAGCUGACAAAGCACCUUUUCAUUCUGCUGAAGGACUAUGCAAAGCUUGGGGCUGCCAGGGGCCAGAACUUCCACCUGGUGGUAAAUUGUUUCAAGUGUGUGACCAUACUUGUGAAGAAAGUGAAGUCGUACCAGAUAACUCAAAAGCAGCUUCAAGUUCUGCUAGCAUAUGCUGAGGAGGACAUCUAUGAUACUACAAGACAAGCCACUGCAUUUGGUCUUCUGAAGGCCAUUUUAUCAAGAAAGUUGUUGGUCCCAGAAAUUGAUGAUGUCAUGCGGAAAGUGUCCAAGCUGGCAAUCUCUGCACAAAGCGAACCUGCCAGGGUCCAGUGCAGACAGGUUUUUCUGAAAUACAUUCUUGACUAUCCUCUGGGUGACAAACUGCGACCAAACUUGGAAUUCAUGCUCGCUCAGCUGAAUUAUGAACAUGAGACCGGGAGAGAGUCCGCCUUGGAAAUGAUUGCUUAUCUCUUUGACACGUUCCCUCAGGGACUGCUCCAUGAGAACUGUGGAAUGUUCUUUAUUCCUCUUUGUCUCAUGAUGGUGAACGAUGACUCUGCCAUGUGUAAGAAGAUGGCAUCCAUGGCAAUCAAAUCCUUACUCAGUAAAAUCAGCCUUGAGAAGAAAGAUUGGCUCUUCGAUAUGGUUACCACCUGGUUUGGGGCAAAGAAGCGCUUAAAUCGACAACUAGCUGCUCUGAUCUGUGGCUUCUUUGCGGAAAGUGAAGGAGUCAAUUUUGAGAGAAGACUUGGAAUUGUUCUCCCUGUGAUUGAAAAGGAAGUUGAUCCUGAAAACUUUACAGAUAUCAUGGAAGAGACUGAAGAAAAAGCUGCAGAUCGCCUUCUGUUCAGCUUUCUUGUACUGAUAAGUAAACUCAUCAAGGAAUGUAAUAUCAUUCAGUUUACCAAGCCCUCUGAAACUCUGAGUAAAAUCUGGAGUCACGUGCACGCCCACUUGAGAUACCCGCACAGCUGGGUGUGGCUCACAGCAGCCCAGAUUUUUGGAUUGCUCUUUGCCUCUUGCCAACCUGAGGAACUUAUCAGCAAACGGCAUGUCAAAAAAACCAAAAAGAAAGUCUCGGAACCUGUCGCAAUCCGCUUCCUAACAACUGACCUUGAGCAAAAGAUGAAAAGUAUCUCCCUAGCCUCUUGCCAUCAGUUGCACUCCAAAUUCUUGGACCAGUCUCUAGGAGAGCAGGUUGUUAAGAAUUUGUUAUUUGUAGCCAAAGUCUUAUAUUUACUGGAACCUGACUCUGGGGAUAAGCAAGGGGACAUAAAAGAAGACAUGGAAGAACAGGAAGUUUUCGGUGAUGGCACGGCCAGAGAGGGUGUGGAAGAACACAGGGUGUGUGCAGAUGAGAAGGAAGAGCACAGCAAGCCAGCCACACUGCUCUGGCUGAUCCAGAAGCUGUCCCGGAUUGCAGCAGUGGAAGCCGCUUAUUCACCUAGAAACCCCUUAAAGAGAACAUGCAUCUUUAAAUUUCUUGGAGCCAUAGCAAUGGACCUUGGAAUAGACAAGGUGAAGCCGUAUCUCCCAGUGAUCAUAGCGCCUUUGUUCCGGGAACUGAACAGCACCUAUUCAGAGCAGGAUCCUUCACUGAAGAAUCUAUCCCAGGAAAUCAUAGAACUACUGAAAAAGCUGGUCGGGCUCGAGAGUUUCUCAUUAGCCUUUGCCUCUGUACAGAAACAGGCUACUGAGAAAAGGGCACUCCGGAAAAAGAGAAAGGCUUUGGAGUUUGUAACUAAUCCUGAUAUUGCUGCCAAGAAAAAGCUGAAGAAACACAAAAACAAAAGUGAAGCAAAGAAGAGAAAGAUUGAGUUCCUGCGUCCAGGCUAUAAGGCCAAAAGACAAAAGAGCCACAGCCUGAAAGAUUUAGCAAUGGUGGAGUAAAGUGUUCCCUGUGCUAACAGUGUCCAACUUACCCUAAACGUGAACUUUCUGGUCUACCUGCUGGUCCAAAAUCAUAGCAGGUUUUAUUAUUUAAACUUUGGCAUAGAUUGUAUAAUAUUAUACAGUUUAAUAUAAUUCAUGUUUGUUUUUAAUUAAAAUAUUUCAUAAUA